AUGUUGGAGGAGCUGGCGGAGGGGGAGGUGGACGGGGGGCAGAGGGAGGACGUGGGGACGGCGGUGGGCGAGGUGGAGCGCAUCGUGGCGCUCAUCAACGUCGUGCUCGACGUCUCCAAGGCCGAGGCCGGCCGCCUCCACCUCGAGACCCUGCCCUUCCACACGCGCUCCUGGCUCAGGGAUGCUCUGCACUCCCAUGCCUGCGCCGCCCACGCGUGCAACCUCACCUGUAAUACUCUGGCGUUCAAGGCUGGAACCACGGCCAAUUCAGCACCUACCUCACACCCAAUCCGUGCUCUUUUUCCUAUCACCCGUUUUCCGGCCCUUGAAGCUUUUGCCCCAUCACUCUUGUGCUUCUCCACUGUCAGAUUUCUGUCUUCCAUUCUUCUCAUUAUUAACUCUCUCAUGCUGUGCCGCUCUGAAUCCCUGUGCGUGUGCCCAUGCCCAGUCGCGUGCCGUGUGGAUACGAGUGUGCCCGAGGUGCUGGAGGGGGACUACAUGCGCCUGCAGCAAGUGCUGGACAGCAUUGUGGGUGAGUCAAGUGGUGGACAGCAUUGUGGGUGA